AUGGCUGUCGCUGGGGGGUGCGGUGGCUUAUCUGCAGUACGUCACCGUGACGAUCCGACGGCUAUGGCCACCGGCGGCGUCUACACCAUCGUCAUUGACACCACCUCCGCAGACUUCCGCCGCGGCAAGCUUUCCAUCGAAUCCGUAUCCAUGAACGAGCCGGUGCAGGCCCUGGUCCUUGGCGAGCGCACCGUGCGCCUAUUCCGCCACCACGACGCCGCCACCGACCGCUGGGCCACCGCCGCCGUGGCGCUGACGGCCGCCAUCGUCGCCGUGCCCAACUAUAUGACCCCCGACGAUCUCUGUCGGUUUGUCGGUACCCAGUACCUCAAGCAGGUGAGCCAUCUCCGCAUCUUACGCCUGAGCAAAACCAGUCGGUUUAUGGCGCUCCUCAAGUUUAACGACGAAGCGCAGUGCCACAAGUUUGUCGAGUGCUUUGACGGCAAACAGUUCAACUCGAUCGAGCCCGAGUUGUGCCACGUGGUCGCCGUGGCCCAGGUAGAGGUGGAGCUGGCGCUAAGCCGCCACCCGCAAAUCGCGCCGAUCAUCGCUGCUGACGACGCCGCCGACGAACUAGGCGAGCUCCGAGAGCUCCCGCUGUGUCCCGUGUGCCUUGAGCGCCUCGACACGGCGAUCCUGGGCCUCGUCACCAUCCCCUGUUCGCACACCUUCCACUGCCACUGCCUCACCAAGUGGCGCGACGACACCUGUCCCGUAUGCCGUUACCUGGCCCACCCGGCUAAUCGGGAGGUGAGACACACCCUCGCUGGUCCCCAGGAAGGGCUGCUGCUGCGUGCCACUGCGUCGUCGGUAGACAACUCGUCGCCCGAGCACUGCGACGACUGCGACGUCACCCUGGACCUCUGGGUGUGUCUUGUGUGUGGCAAGGUCGGGUGCCUGCGCUACGCCCCCCACCGCCACUCGCUCGAGCACUUUGUGCUGACGGGCCACUGCUUCGCCAUGGAGCUCACCACGCUGCGGGUGUGGGACUAUGCCAGCGACCGCUACGUCCACCGGUUGGUGACGAACGACGCCGACGGUAAGCUUGUCGAGCUUCCCGAUAAGGACAUGACCGGCGCCGGUGCCACCAAGCUGGCGGAGGAGAAGGCCGACGCCGUCACCUACGAGUACGACCAGUUGCUCAUCAGCCAGCUCCAGCUGCAGCGCGAGCACUACGAGCGGCUCCUCAGCCGCCAGCAGCUGGGGGCGGUGCCGUCACAGCAGCUCCGGGAGCGGUUAGCGGCGAAGGACCGCCGCCUCCAGGAGCUCGCCGCGCUCAACGACGGGUUGCUGAAGAAAGUCGAGUUCUUGGAGCAGCAGCAACAGGAGCUCGUGCGCCAGAACCAGGAGCUCGCCCACCAGAGCCAGGAACUUGCCGACCAGGUCAAGGACCUCAUGUUCUUCCUCGACACCCAGGCAAAGUGCAAGGACGACCCCGAGAUGCAGCAGGGGACGGUGGUGAUGACUCCGGCGCCGACGCCGCGGCGGCUGAAGAAGAAACGCAAGUAG